GUCACAGCUGUUUUCCUGUUGCUUCAGUAGUCUAACCAAAAACUUCGAAGAGACUCGUAGCCUAUGGACCACUGAUCCAGGAUAUAAUGUAGGCGUCUUUAUUUUAUCCAUCUACGAUCCAUCAUGCGCAACACCCGGAUGUUGCAAUGCAAAGAUGCUUGUGGUGUAGGCUACUCUCUGGGGUUCUGUAGGAUUUAUGAAAUGUUGUUGUUGAACCCUUUCGUUUAUUGUUACACUUUUUGAUAUUUUUUUUACUGUGUUGGAAUUACAACGGUGUUUCAAUGUGGAGAAGAGGAUGCAAGAGGCAGAGGAACAGCCCGAAGGGGCACAGUAUGCAAGCAGCAACAGAGCCCAUCACUCUGGUGACACGUCGGCCCUCGGGUCAGAAAACCCCUCCCACCCGCAGCCCGAACCCUGCCCCCAGACCUGCACUAUCUCCUGGCAGGCCGCGAUCCAUGCUGCUCGUAACGCCCAGGGCGAGGCACCCCAGAGCAUGAGCGCCCGCCCCCCUGUCCCUGGGGCCACACCCGCCCCGGUGGGCUCACUGUCACAGAGGAAGAGGCAGCUGUAUGCCAAGAGCAAGAAGCAGGGUGGCUCCACCAACAGCAGACCGCCCAGGGCACUGUUCUGCCUCACCCUCAACAACCCCAUCCGCAGAGCCUGCAUCAGCCUGGUGGAGUGGAAACCCUUUGAUAUCUUUAUACUGCUCUCUAUUUUUGCCAACUGUGUGGCCUUAGCUGUUUACAUCCCCUUCCCAGAGGACGACUCCAACUCCACCAACCACGACCUGGAAACAGUAGAAUAUGCCUUCCUAAUCAUCUUUACUAUAGAGACCUUCCUGAAGAUCAUAGCGUAUGGUUUAGUCAUGCACCAGAACUCCUACGUAAGAAACGGAUGGAACAUGCUGGAUUUUGUCAUUGUCAUAGUAGGGUUGUUCAGUGUAGUUCUGGAGGUGAUAACCAAAGAGGGCGAUGCCGGGGGCCAGGGGGGUAAGCCGGGAGGCUUCGACGUCAAGGCCCUCCGAGCAUUCCGGGUACUCCGCCCCCUCCGCCUUGUCUCAGGAGUACCCAGUUUACAGGUAGUGUUGAACUCCAUCAUUAAAGCCAUGGUUCCUCUGCUCCACAUCGCUCUGCUCGUCCUCUUCGUCAUCAUCAUCUACGCCAUCAUCGGCCUCGAACUCUUCAUUGGCAAGAUGCACGCCAGCUGCUACCUGGUGGGCACUGGUAUUCUGGCAGAGGAGGAGCCUGUUCCGUGUGCGGUGUCAGGCCAUGGGCGCCAGUGCAGGAUGAAUGGGACUGUGUGUAGGGAAGGAUGGCACGGGCCCAAUGGUGGCAUCACCAACUUUGACAACUUCCUGUUUGCCAUGCUCACUGUUUUCCAGUGUAUCACCAUGGAGGGCUGGACUGAUGUUCUGUACUGGAUGAACGAUGCCAUGGGUUCUGAGCUACCCUGGGUCUACUUCGUCAGUCUGGUCAUCUUCGGUUCCUUCUUUGUUCUCAACCUGGUUCUGGGAGUGUUAAGCGGAGAGUUCUCCAAGGAGAGAGAGAAGGCCAAGGCUCGUGGAGACUUCCAGAAGCUGAGAGAGAAGCAGCAGCUGGAGGAGGAUCUGAAGGGCUACCUGGACUGGAUCACUCAGGCCGAGGAUAUCGACCCUGAGAAUGACGAGGAGGGGGACGAGGAGGGGGGCAAACGCAAUCCAAGCGUGCCUGCCAGCGAGACCGAGUCUGUGAACACUGACAACCCCAAUGGAGAGGAUGAUAAGGCUAACUGCUGUGGACCACACUGUCAAAAAAUUACUAAAUCAAAGUACAGUCGGCGAUGGCGUCACUGGAACCGGUUCUGCCGCAGGAAGUGUCGUGCUGCCGUGAAGUCUGUGUCUUUCUAUUGGCUGGUGAUCAUCCUGGUGUUUCUGAACACGCUCACCAUCUCGUCAGAGCACUACAACCAGCCUGACUGGCUCACGGAAGUACAGGAUGUGGCCAACAAGGUUCUGCUGGCUUUGUUCACGUGUGAGAUGCUGGUGAAGAUGUACAGUCUGGGCCUGCAGGCCUACUUCGUGUCGCUGUUCAACCGCUUCGACUGCUUCGUGGUGUGCGGCGGCAUCGUGGAGACCAUCCUGGUGGAGCUGGCCGUCAUGUCUCCUCUGGGCAUCUCUGUGUUCCGUUGUGUCCGCCUGCUACGCAUCUUCAAGGUCACACGCCACUGGGCAUCUCUCAGUAACCUGGUGGCGUCGCUGCUCAACUCCAUGAAGUCCAUCGCUUCCCUGCUGCUUCUGCUCUUCCUGUUCAUCAUCAUCUUCUCCCUGUUGGGCAUGCAGCUCUUCGGAGGCAAGUUCAACUUUGACGAGACGAUAACCAAGAGGAGCACCUUCGACAACUUCCCCCAGGCACUACUCACAGUGUUUCAGAUCCUGACAGGCGAGGAUUGGAACGCUGUGAUGUAUGAUGGCAUCAUGGCGUACGGUGGACCCUUCUCAUCGGGCAUGGUCGUCAGCAUCUACUUCAUCAUACUCUUCGUCUGCGGAAACUACAUCCUGCUGAACGUCUUCUUGGCCAUUGCCGUUGACAACCUGGCAGACGCAGAGAGCCUGAACACAGCCCAGAAGGAGGAAGAGGAGGAGAAGGAGAGGAAGAAGAGUUCCAGAAGUGACACAGACAAGACAGAGGAUCUGAAACCUGAAGGCCAGGAUGGGGAGAUCAAGCUUCCAUUGGAGGAGGAAGUGGAAGAGGAGAAGGAGCCGUAUCCCACUCCAGAUACUCCAGUUGGUGACGAUGACGACGACGACGAUGAGCUCCCGGAGGUUCCGAUUGGGCCACGUCCUCAGAGGCUGUCGGACCUCAGCGUCAAGGAGAAGACUCCGCCCAUCCCUGAGGGCAGCGCUUUCUUCAUCUUCAGCAACACUAACCUGGUCCGGGUGGCCUGCCACAAGCUGACCAACCACCACAUCUUCACCAACCUCAUCCUGGUCUUCAUCAUGCUGAGCUCUGUGUCUCUGGCUGCUGAGGACCCCAUACGCAACUUCUCCGCACGCAACAUCAUACUUGGUUAUUUUGACUAUGCUUUCACGGCAAUCUUUACUGUUGAGAUCCUGUUGAAGAUGACAGCGUUUGGGGCUUUCCUCCAUAAAGGAGCCUUCUGCAGGAACUACUUCAACCUGCUGGACCUACUGGUGGUGGGAGUCUCUCUGGUGUCCUUCGGCAUUCAGUCAUCCGCCAUCUCUGUGGUGAAGAUCCUGCGUGUGCUGAGGGUGCUGCGGCCCCUGAGGGCCAUCAACAGAGCCAAGGGCCUCAAGCAUGUGGUCCAGUGUGUAUUUGUGGCCAUCAGGACCAUUGGUAAUAUCAUGAUCGUCACCACACUGCUACAGUUCAUGUUCGCCUGCAUAGGAGUGCAGCUCUUCAAGGGCAAGUUCUAUGGCUGCACAGACGAGGCCAAGUCCAGCCCGGAUGAAUGCAAAGGCACAUACAUUCUGUAUAAGGAUGGCGACACAGUGUUGCCUGCGGUCAGGGAGAGGAUCUGGUACAACAGUGACUUCAACUUUGACAACGUCCUCAUGGCUAUGAUGGCUCUGUUCACCGUCUCUACAUUUGAAGGCUGGCCUGCUCUGCUGUACAAGGCCAUCGACUCCAACAGAGAGAAUAUGGGUCCCAUCUACAACUACCGCGUGGAGAUCUCCAUCUUCUUCAUCAUCUACAUCAUCAUCAUCGCCUUCUUCAUGAUGAACAUCUUUGUCGGUUUCGUCAUCGUCACCUUCCAGGAGCAGGGAGAGAAAGAGUACAAGAACUGUGAGCUGGACAAAAACCAGCGUCAGUGUGUAGAGUAUGCUCUGAAGGCUCGUCCACUGCGGAGGUACAUCCCUAAGAACCCCUACCAGUAUAAGUUCUGGUAUGUGGUUAACUCCACUGGCUUUGAGUACGUCAUGUUCGUUCUCAUCAUCCUCAACACGCUGUGUUUGGCGAUCCAGCACUAUGGCCAGUCCCACCUGUUCAACUACGCCAUGGACGUCCUCAACAUGGUCUUCACUGGCGUCUUCACCGUAGAGAUGAUCCUCAAACUGAUUGCCUUCAGGCCCAGGGGGUAUUUUGGAGACGCCUGGAACGUCUUCGAUGCCCUGGUGGUGAUCGGCAGCGUAGUCGACAUCAUUCUCAGUCAGGUAGAUCACUAUUUCGCUGAUGCAUGGAACACGUUUGAUGCCUUAAUUGUUGUCGGUAGCGUCGUUGACAUUGCAAUCACUGAGAUCAAUAACACAGAGGACAGCGCUCGCAUCUCCAUCACAUUCUUCCGCUUGUUCCGAGUCAUGCGAUUGGUCAAGCUGCUCAGCAGAGGGGAGGGCAUCCGAACGCUCCUGUGGACCUUCAUCAAGUCCUUCCAGGCUCUUCCCUAUGUUGCCCUCCUGAUAGCCAUGCUAUUCUUCAUCUACGCUGUUAUCGGCAUGCAGGUGUUUGGAAAGAUCGCCAUGGUAGACGGCACACAGAUAAACCACAACAACAACUUCCAGACCUUUCCUCAAGCUGUCUUGAUGCUCUUCAGGUGUGCUACAGGCGAGGUGUGGCAGGAGAUAAUGCUGGCAUGUCUGCCAGGGAAGCUGUGUGACUCCGAGUCAGACUACAACCCCGGAGAGGAGAGAACCUGUGGCAGCGGACUUGCCAUCAUCUACUUCAUCAGCUUCUACAUGCUCUGUGCCUUCCUGAUCAUCAACCUGUUCGUGGCUGUCAUCAUGGAUAACUUUGACUAUCUGACGCGGGAUUGGUCCAUUCUGGGUCCUCACCACCUGGAUGAGUUUAAAAGGAUCUGGUCUGAGUACGACCCUGAGGCUAAGGGCAGGAUAAAGCAUCUGGAUGUGGUGACCUUGCUGAGACGCAUCCAGCCUCCUCUAGGCUUCGGCAAGCUGUGUCCACACAGAGUGGCCUGCAAGAGAUUGGUUGCCAUGAACAUGCCCCUGAACAGUGAUGGCACGGUCAUGUUUAACGCCACCCUGUUUGCCUUGGUGAGGACCGCUCUGAAGAUCAAGACCGAAGGCAACCUGGAGCAGGCCAAUGAGGAGUUGCGAGCGGUCAUCAAGAAGAUCUGGAAGAGGACCAGCAUGAAGCUGCUGGACCAAGUGGUGCCCCCUGCUGGCGAUGACGAGGUAACCGUGGGGAAGUUCUAUGCUACCUUCCUGAUACAGGACUACUUCAGGAAAUUCAAGAAACGCAAAGAGCAAGGCCUGGUGGGAAGAAACUCAUUCACCAGCCUGAACUCCACCAUCGCCCUCCAGGCCGGUCUCCGCACACUGCAUGAUAUUGGGCCUGAAAUCCGCCGAGUCAUAUCAUGUGACCUGCAAGACGAAGGCCUUGUCGACAUUAACGCAGAAGACGGCGAAGAGAUGUACAGGAGGAACGGUGUGAUCUUCUCCAACCACACCAAUCACGUUAACGGGGACCACCGGGGUUCCGCCCACCAGACAAACGUCACUCAGCGGCCCCUCCAGGUCCCUCCGCCUUCCUGCCACGCCUCCGUGGAGCCCUCCCAGGUCGGCUCUGAGGGGAGGGCAGGCGAACCCCACUGGUACAACUACUACUACCCCAAAUCCCCCAUAUCCUCAAACGCCAACCUUAACAAUGCCAACGUGCACCCUGUGCCCUCCCUGACAAACGGGGGGCAGCGCCGCUGUCUUCGCCGUGAGCACCCGUCCGCUAAUGGGGCACCCUCUUCCAGCUCGCACCGCAAGAUUGUUGACUUCGACACCCACACCACAGUCCAAUCCGCAAGGUCAGAUUCAGGGGGUGUUCGUUACCCUACCGUUCGUAGAGAGGAGCCAGGGAGGGCAGACAGUGAUGAAGACAGGGGCUCUGGGGAAUACUUCAGCGGGGAAGAGUACCAGGAGGAUGAUAUCAUGUUGCACAAAGACAGGAUGUCCCUUAAGGAGUGUCAAGACCAUCAAACGGACAGUCUCUGUGAUGACCACCAGCAACCCAUUUACCAGGAUGGUGGGCGGUCGCCGAAGCGAUGGUUUCUCCCCUCUACACCCCAGGCCCUCCACAGACCCUCAUUUAACUUUCAUUGUCUGCGGAAACAAAGCAGUCAAGGCGAUGACACCCCCUUGACCCCUUCCGUUCCCCUUCGAACAUCUCUACCCCUGCAUCUGCUGCAGCAGCAGGUGAUGGCGGUGGCUGGCCUGGACUCCAGCAGGGUCCAACGUCUCUCUCCGUCACGCUCUCUACGCUCCUGGGCCACGCCCCCCGUCUCCCCCAGCAGCAGGGACCACUCCCAUUACUACACACCCCUCAUCCAGGUGGACUGGCGUGGGCUGAGCAGUGUGAGUAGCACCCCUGGCUCUGUGAGAAGGAGCACCUGGUACACUGACGUCCAAGAAGCCCCCCUAAGCCGUACUUACUCCCCCUUACAGCUCCAGAUCCCACCAGAAUAUCGCAGGCAGUACCACCAGAACAGAGGCAGUGCUAACAGCCUAGUGGAGGCUGUGUUGAUUUCAGAAGGACUGGGGAAAUACGCCAAGGACCCCAAGUUUGUGUCGGCGACCAAGCACGAGAUCGCGGACGCCUGCGAGAUGACCAUCGACGAGAUGGAGAGUGCCGCCAGCAACCUGCUGAACGGCAGUAAGGGUAAUGGGGCGGGGGCAACGGACACAGUGACUGGCACGAGCCUCAUGGACCGCAAUCUCGAGGACUACAGCGAUGAGGAGCCGGACACGUGCGGGAAAUACGAGGAGGAUCUGACUGAUGAGAUGAUAUGCAUCAGCACCCUAUAGCAGUCACUCACACUAGACACAGGCUGUGUCUGACAUGGCACCCUAUUCCCUAUAGUGUGCUUCUAGUGCACUAUAUAGGGAGCGAUGUGCUUUUUGGAUGCAGCCAACAACCAUACAAACAAACAAAUGAGAACAAAGUGCCUUUCUUUCUGUGGAAUGAAUGGAUGGAUGAAAACACUGCCAGCUGGAGAGGAGUGGAGGGAUGGAGUGGCACGCCAAAGAUCCAACUUCAGAGGAGUCCCGCCCCUUCCUCUCCGUCUGUUUUGCAGCACCCAAUGAAACAGAGAGUGAAAUAUAAGAGGGAGUUGUCCCAAAGGGGAUGCAGUAAUGUUGGGUUUCCUCCUCAACGACUUCAUACAGAAAUCACAUAUCAGUGAAAUUAAGUUCCAGUCCUCAGCCAUAUCCCCCCCUGCCUCCCGUUCGCCUUACCGUCUGCACAAAGACACUAAGAGUAGUCAAUCAUAGAUGGAGAGUAGCGGCCAUUUUACAGACCGCAUUUUGAAACUGUGAACAACCAACAUGAGAAAACGGUGUAUUCCAAUAUCACACUCACUCCUGCCCAACCAAUCACUCUUCAGGGAUGACUUAGCAGCCAUAAUAUUUUAAUGAAAGGACAAUCUAUUAAAUUGUAGGUAUAUUUUAAACCCUAAGAAAAAUAUAUUAUUUGAAAGAGAUGCUUUAUAUGUAGUUAUUUAUGGAUCGUUACAGGUAUAACAUAUUCCCCAUGCCUAUGAAAUAGAUAAGUAUUGUUUUAUUUGGAAUGAAUAUGAAUUUAUUUUAUGUUUAGACUUUUUUUCUCACUACUUUUAAGGGGAAUCAUGUUGAUUUAGAAUUAAUAUGUCAAAGAGGUACUUUAUCUCAAGUGCGCGUAGUUUGUUUCUACAGAAGUAGGGUUUGCCAUUUACCAGCUUAGCUCACUGCCAACAGAAAAUAACUAGUAACACCAGGUUAGUGGGUUUGAUUCCCAGGAUCACCCAUACGUAAAAUGUAUGCACGCAAUGACUAAGACGCUUUGGAUAAAAGCGGCUUCUGAAGGGCAUACAUAAGGAUAACUCGGUACUAUCAUGGAAAUGUGUUUCUGUCCUCCCAACCUAUAAUGUGCAACAAAAGUGCUCUUUCAAAAAAAAAAGGGAAAAUAUGCUUUAAAAAGACACAGCUAAUUGCCAAUAAAGCUGUACGAUUCAAAUGCGUUUCCCCCAAACGUGUCAAGGUCAACAUAAACCCCGGGUCACGUCAGGGAUCUUUGUGAAAUGGCGUCCCGAAAUGUAAAUUCCUUGCCAAUGGAAUAUUGUUUUCAACUACCAGCUUUCUCUCGACACAGAACGCUCUCAGUUCAACACAUGAAUGGUGGAGGGCAUUAUAAGAUGGCCGCCAAUAGUGAUGGCCACACUGUGGGUGUUUUGACUAAUGGGGUUUAAAUCCUGACAUAGUGGUAACAACACCCAUUGCAUUAGAAGUUGUAUUAGAAGUUGUAUCACUGGUUCAAGUAUAUUUCAAAUGAAUUUCAAAUGUAAUUAAGAUGGUGAGACUGUACUUUUCCCUGUAUGUUGUUACUGAGACCUUUGAAUCAGUGAUCUGCCAAGUGAUACGUGACGGUAUAUUUCACUAAAUUAAAACCCAUCUUUAUUUA